GCGCCGCCGGCUCGGCGGGGCCGGCAGUGAACGGGCCAUGAAGAGUCCCCGGGAGGCCGGCGAGCCGCCGCCAGCUGACUGCAUCCAGCUGAAAGUGCCCGUGAUUCAGCAGCUGUACCACUGGGACUGCGGGCUGGCCUGCUCCAGGAUGGUGCUUCAGUACCUGAAUCAUUUGGACAAUGAUGAGUUUCAGAAAGCCAUCCAGGAUCUCCAGUUAACAAAGAGUAUCUGGACUAUUGACCUGGCCUACCUGAUGCGGCACUUCGGAGUUAAGCAUAAAUUUUGCACCCAGACACUCGGAGUGGACAAGGGCUACAAAAACCAGUCAUUUUACAGGAAGCACUUUGACACAGAAGAGAAUCGAGUGAAUCAGCUCUUUGCACAAGCCAAAGACUGCAAGGUGCUGGUGGAGAAAUGCACAGUAACUGUUCAAGACAUCCAAAACCACCUGUCCCAGGGUCACGUAGCCAUUGUCCUUGUGAACGCAGUCCUGCUGCUGUGUGAUCUCUGCUCAAGUCCUGUCAAAUACUGCUGCUUCCUUCCCAUUGGACAGAAGUGCUUCUGCAGGAGCCCUGACUACCAGGGCCAUUUCAUUGUGUUAUGUGGCUACAACAAAGCCUCAGGGAGCAUUUACUACAACAACCCUGCCUAUGCUGACCGAACAUGCUGCACCAGCAUCAGUAACUUUGAGGAAGCCAGGACAAGUUAUGGCACAGAUGAAGAUAUUCUGUUCAUCUACACAGACAGCUGACACCCACCAGACACUCCUGCUCCUUCCUGCACAGCCUGCAGGGCAGCUGGCUGCUCGUCUCAGGACUCCCCUGCACACACCUCACUCCUGGACUGCAGUGGGACCCUCACCAAGGGAGGCUUUACAGACAUUGACAGGACUAUAUUGCAAUGCUGUCUUUACCUUUUUCUCUUUUUUUUUUUUGAUUUUGCAAUAUCUGUCUUUGGUUUUUUUUCUUCCCCUAAUUUUCAAAAUUGCACAUUUGACAGCAGUUCUAAAAUACAGGCCCAGAGCCUGCUCACUUUCAGCUUAUUUUCAGAUUAAACACAUAAGAAAAAGCACCAAAUUUAUGCAUUUUAACACUUGGUAAUAUUUGCAUAGGUUUAGGUAAACAAAGGAAAAAAUAGAAAAUACCUGUUUCUCUCUCUGUCAAAGCAUGAAGGGCUGGUCUUCAUACAAAACCUAUGGAUUUGAAAUUCAGCAGAAUAUUGUAAAAGGAAAAAAAUUAUUAAUUUAAACCAUCUUUAAAUAAGAAAAAAAUGCCUUGCUGGUUCAUCAGUAUUGUCUGCAAUGUAGGAAACUUCCCACCUACCAAAUUCACAGAGAUUUACCAUUUAUGCAACUGCAAUACUGGAAUUACUCCCUUGCACUACAAACUCAGUUUCUUUUGGCUAAAUCCUCUUGGAUGACUGCUCAGAACUCCACAUUGCUCCAAAACUUUAAGUGGAAAGAUUUUAUUUGCACUGGGAAGUCUUGACUGCUCUUUGCAAAAAGCUCUGAAUAUUAUGCCACCCACAUGUGCCAGUUUCUGCAGAAUCCAUUCUAAAUAUGAAUAUUUUAAAUAUUUAUACUUAUUAAGCAAAUGCAGAAAAUUGUCAUCCACACUAAUGGUAUAUAUUUUGUGUGUAAAGUGUAAAUAUCUGGCAGCAUCUACUGCAUUGCUAAAAUGCUAAAUCAUAAUUUGAGCCAAAUUUUGCUGUUAGUAUUAGUUCAGUGACAUUCUCAGAGGAGCUAAAAUCAAUUAAGGAAAGAAGAAAUACAAACAUACCUUCUACAAGUAAGAAGGCAGGAACCUAGAUUGUUCUAGCUCUUAUACUGCAGCUGUAUGUGGAUUAAGUUG